AAAUCCAGUCUAAAGAGUUGCGAAAAGAGCAAGAUCAAGAAAUUGGGGAAGAAAACAAUGAAAUCGGAGACAUUGACUCUUGUUCUGGUGAACCUGGCGGGCAUCGUGGAGCGAGCAGACGAGUCUUUGCUCCCCGGCGUCUACAAGGAAGUGGGUGCUGAAUUGCACACGGACCCGAUCGGGCUCGGGUCGCUGACCUUGUUCAGAUCAAUUGUCCAGUCUUCCUGCUACCCCAUUGCCGCCUUCCUAGCGGUGCGCUACAACCGAGCCCAUGUAAUUGCUCUUGGUGCGUUUUUAUGGGCCGCCGCCACUUUCCUCGUUGCCCUCUCCUCCACUUUUUUUCAGGUAGCUGUAUCCAGGGCUCUAAAUGGGAUUGGCCUUGCAAUAGUUGCUCCCGCAAUUCAGUCUCUUGUUGCUGACUGUACUGAUGAUGGUAACCGCGGUGUGGCUUUUGGGUGGCUACAACUCACAGCCAACUUUGGUUCGGCAAUUGGGGGGCUUCUUUCAGUUUUAAUAGCACCAAUAACAUUUCUCGGAAUUCCUGGUUGGAGAAUUUCCUUUCAUAUUGUUGGACUGAUCAGUGUUGUUGUUGGUAUUUUAGUCCGCCUCUUUGCCAAUGAUCCUCACUAUUCAGAUGGUGGUAGAAAAGCUAGCAGUCAAGUUUCAAGUAAAUCCUCAAUGGCAGAAAUGAAGGACCUGAUUCAGGAAGCAAAAGCAGUCAUAAAGAUUCCGUCAUUCCAGAUUAUAGUAGCUCAAGGUGUCACAGGUUCAUUCCCGUGGUCAGCAUUGUCGUUUGCACCAAUGUGGUUGGAGCUACUUGGCCUCUCCCAUAAGAAAACUGCAACGCUGAUGGCCUUGUUUGUCAUUGCUACUUCCCUUGGAGGCCUAUUUGGGGGUAGAAUGGGGGAUUUUCUCUCUAGGCAUCUCCCAAAUUCUGGAAGGAUAAUUCUAUCUCAGAUAAGCUCAGCAUCAGCCAUCCCUCUAGCAGCAAUUCUCUUGCUUGUUUUACCUAAUGAUCCGUCAAAAGUGGCACUGUUUGGUUUGGGUUUUUUCAUUCUGGGUUUUUGCAUAUCAUGGAAUGCUCCAGCUACAAACAACCCCAUAUUUGCGGAGAUAGUUCCAGAAAAAUCCCGAACAAGUGUUUAUGCUCUAGACCGUUCUUUUGAGUCCAUCCUAUCAUCAUUUGCUCCACCUGUGGUUGGGCUACUGGCUGAGCAUGUCUACGGUUAUAAUAAUCCUCUUCAUAAAGGAUCCAGUGAAUCAGAAGAAAUUGCUACAGACAGAGGCAAUGCUGCAUCUUUGGCCAAAGCACUCUACACAGCAGUAGGACUUCCAAUGGCUCUCUGUUGUCUUAUCUACUCUUUUCUUUAUUCCACCUAUCCAAGGGACAGAGAAAGGGCUCGGAUGGAAGCAUUAAUAGAAUCAGAAAUGCGAGAGAUACUGACCAGUCAGUUGCCUGAAGGUGGAGAAUAUUCUCAAUCUCAGCUCUCAAAGACAGAAGAAUCAUAUGUUAGGGAUAGAAGUGUUAUUGAAGUGGAGUAUGAAAGUGAUGAUGAUCAUGAUACAGAUGAAAAUGAUGAGAAUGCUUUUCUUUACCGCCAGUUGACAUUCUCAAAUUUAGGUGAAUAGACUGAUAUCUUAAUUGUGUCAAUGAUGAUAAGACAUUCUUUCCGGCAGAUAAUGUAAUAAAAAAUUUCCAUUUUUCAUCUCCAGGUGUAUCAGGGAAAACAAAAACAGAAAUGUAAA